AUGAAAAUCAAUAGCCGUAACUUGUCAAGGCAGGAGAUUGAAAACAGUAGCCAGUAUUAUACCCUACAGAGGUUCUUUGGGUCUGGAUGUGCCAUCCUGCGUUGCAAUGCACAGCAGAAGCGCUCUGAGCUCAUAGGAGUCCUGAAUGGGCAGAAAGACCACAUUUCACCGCGCACAGGCGCCCUGCUCUCCAGUCUGCUGACACACCGGGAGGACAGUCCGCGCUACACCUCCGUGUCACCGGACUAUAUAGCUGCAGCCCGAGACCUCUUACAUGAGUACAGAUCAAAGCUGAAGGAUCUUGGAGAGCCAGAGAACGACUCCUGGCCUUUGGUCUACCGGGUAUCCAGCGGAAGAGACUUGUUCAUGCGUCUCCCUGCGUGCCACUCCCACACCACUAUGAACUGUGAGCAGGACUUUGGAGAUGGGGGCUUGGGAGUGACCCUCACACUGCGACUGCUCAUGCAUGGAAAGGAGGUCGGCAGCAUCAUAGGAAAGAAAGGAGAGACUGUCAAACGAAUACGAGAAGAGAGCAGUGCACGUGUCAACAUCUCAGAGGGCUCCUGUCCAGAGAGGAUCAUCACCAUCACCGGCUCCACAGACAGCGUCUUCAGAGCUUUCACCAUGAUCACCUACAAACUGGAGGAGGACCUGACUAGUCUGGUGGCCAACGGCGCCAUCAGCUCUAAGCCACCAGUCACUCUGCGGUUGGUCAUUCCAGCCAGCCAGUGUGGCUCACUCAUUGGGAAGGGCGGUGCAAAAAUAAAGGAGAUCAGAGAGAGCACCGGAGCUCAGAUACAGGUGGCGGGGGAUUUGCUGCCCAACUCCACUGAGCGAGGGGUGACGAUAUCUGGCAAUCAGGACUCUGUAAUCCAGUGUGUCAAGCUCAUCUGCACAGUAAUCCUGGAGUCUCCACCAAAAGGAGCCACGAUCCCCUAUCGGCCAAGCCCCUCACCAGCUGCUCUCCUCAUUGCAGGGAAUCAGGUUUUUGAGGCAUCAGAAUUUGCACCCCACCCUAUGUACUCAGUCACCCAAGGGGGCCUGGACCUCCAGCAGGCCUACACUUUGCAAAACCAAUAUGGCAUUCCACACUCAGAGCUGGCCAAACUGCACCAGCUGUCUGUGCAGCAAGGCCUGAGUCCCAUGGCCCAGCCUGCCUCUACCAUCAUUCCUGGGAUGGACUCAAACUCUCAGACAUCUCAGGAGCUGCUUAUUUCCAAUGAUCUGAUUGGCUCAAUCAUCGGCCGUCAGGGCUCUAAGAUCAACGAGAUCCGGCAAGUGUCAGGUGCUCAGAUCAAGAUUGGCAGCCAGCUGGACGGGACAAGCGACCGCCAUGUCACCAUCACAGGAACACCGGUCAGCAUCAACUUGGCCCAGUACCUCAUUACCUCCUGCUUAGAGACGGCUAAAUCCACGGCCCAGGCCGCCUCCAUGGGAUCUCCGGUCGACCUCAACAUGGCCUUCACCCAGCCCGCAUCCCCCGCCGCCUCCCCCACUCCCACCCUGGCCGCCGUGGGCGCGCUGACCCCAGCUCAUAUGCUGGGCAACCCUUACGGUGCCAUGCCGCUGUCCGGGCUGCUGGGGGUGAAGUCCGUCCCCUUUCUGACUCUGUCCAGCCCCGCCCCCGCCGUGGCCGUCACCGCCGCCCCCUCCCACACCUCUCUGGCCGCCUACACCGCCAAAAUCUCCUCAGCCAACUGCAUCAAAAAGCCGGAGAGACAGAAGUUCGCUCCCUACUGAUGUUAUAUGUCUGAGGGACAACUGCAGUGUUCUUUCACAAACGCCUGAUGUAGCCAUAUUCGCCAGAAGAGAUGCUCCUGACUUUUAUUCUAAGAUGCAUCAACAGAGACCAACGGAUGACGCCAUUUAAAGUUAUUUACAAUUAUAGAUAAUUUGUGAGUUUCCUAUGAUUGAUGGACCUCUUUCAUCACCGCCUCAUCACUGUUCUUGAUCAUUUAAAAAUAAAAAGGCCCUGGAGUCUCACCUGAGAAAUACGUGUUAAACCGUUUUUACAUGUGCGUCUCAUGUAAGAAAUCAGCUGCAUAUUUAUCCUUCAAUAAAUUUGUAAAUUGUACUCGGAUGACAAAUGCUCUACUGUAUGAUGCUUUUAUACUAUGUCUGUUUGCCUCUUGAAGUUUUUAAAAAAGAAUUUGUAAAUGUCCGAGGGGUGUCUAUUUUUUUGUUUGUUUUUUUUCCUUUUUUUAAUAUUCUGUGCGAUAUCACUGUACUUUACUUUCUGUGUUAUGUCUGUUUUUUUGGAUUUUGUUUUGAACCUGCAACUUGGUUAAUCUUUAUUUAUUAGUA